GCAAACACAGAACAGUCAACGUUUGUACAAUAAGAUAUUUGUAUAAUCAUUUAAUUAAUAAUUUACAUCGAAAUGGGAUCUUAUUGUUCUUCCCAAGCUAAGUUUGAAAAACCUGGAACGCCAGAUAUUCCGGCUUUGGAAGCUAUUGCUGACAGGCUUCGAAUCCACAGUAUAAGAUCAACAAAUGCAGCUGGAAGUGGACAUCCGACAUCAUGCUCAUCCAUUGCCGAAAUUAUGUCAGUCUUAUUUUUCCAUGUCAUGAGAUAUCGAAUCUCAAAUCCCAGAGAUCCAGCCAGCGAUCGAUUCAUCUUAUCGAAGGGACAUGCAGCUCCUAUAUUGUAUGCCGCCUGGGCGGAAGCUGGCCUAUUUUCUGUGGAUGACCUGCUCAACCUGAGGAAGGUGGAUUCUGACUUGGAAGGACAUCCGACUCCACGUCUCUCUUUCGUGGACAUCGCAACAGGAUCUUUGGGCCAAGGACUUAGUUGUGCCGCUGGAAUGGCUUAUGUUGGAAAAUACAUCGACAAAGCAAAUUACCGAGUGUAUUGCAUCGUUGGAGACGGGGAAUCGGCAGAAGGUUCAAUUUGGGAAGCUUUGGCUUUCAGUUCCCAUUACAAGCUGGACAAUCUAGUGGUCAUCUUUGACGUAAACAGAUUAGGUCAGAGUGAGCCAACGCCACUGCAACACAAAGUGGAUAUUUAUAAAGCACGGCUUGAGGCAUUUGGGUUCAAUACUUACAUAGUGGAUGGACACAAUGUUUCGGACUUGUGUAAACGUUUUGAGGAAACGAAAAGCGUAACUGGAGUUCCUACUGCUAUUAUAGCCAAAACUUUAAAAGGAAAGAAAUUUCCAGAUAUUGAAGACAAAGAAAACUGGCAUGGCAAGCCCCUUGGAACAAAAGGCACCGAUAUUAUCAAAUUACUUCAAGAUGAAUUGAUGAAAAAAGGCAUGGACAGAAAACCAGCUAUUGUAGAGCCUGAAAAAGAGAUUUCAUCGCUUGUUUUUGGAGACAUAAAACUCGCCGAAGAGCCAAACUAUGUUUAUAGUGAAAAAGUUGCCACACGUGUUGCGUAUGGAACAGCACUAUCUAAACUCGGUCGCAGCAAUCACCGGAUCAUAGCUCUGGACGCUGACACAAAGAACUCGACGUACUCCAUAAAAUUUCGAGAAGCAUUUCCGUAUAGGUAUGUGGAAUGCUUCAUUGCUGAACAAAACCUAGUAGGAGUAGCCGUCGGAGCAGCUUGCAGAAACCGGACAAUACCAUUCAUCAGCACAUUUGCUACUUUCUUCACAAGAGCUAUGGACCAACUUCGGAUGGCUGCAAUAUCACAAGCUAAUAUAAAAUGUUGUGGUUCUCACUGUGGUGUUUCAAUAGGAGAAGAUGGACCUUCUCAAAUGGGCUUGGAGGAUAUUGCGCUGUUUCGCACCAUCCCUGGAUGCACGGUGUUCUACCCAAGCGAUGCCGUUUCCACAGAAAGAGCAGUUGAACUGGCGGCGAACAUUAAAGGAAUUUGCUACAUCAGAACCUCAAGGCCUGAGACACCAGUUAUUUAUGAAAAUACAGACAUGUUUGAAGUCGGCAAAGGAAGGGUAGUGAAAAAGUCAGAUAAAGAUCAAGUGUUAGUUGUCGCUGCUGGUGUAACUUUACACGAAGCUCUUAAGGCAUCAGAGACAUUAGAAGCAGAAAAUAUCUCCAUUAGAAUAUUGGACCCAUUCACCAUCAAACCAAUAGACAAAGAACUUAUUCUUCUCAAUGCUCGAGAAUGUGGAAUGAAAAUCAUAACCGUUGAAGAUCAUUAUCCAGAAGGCGGAAUAGGAGAUGCUAUUUCCGCUGCAGUGUGCAUGGAAAAAGAUGUAACAUUGAAACGACUGGCUGUAACAGAUAUCCCAAGAAGCGGACCCGGAGACGUUCUGCUAGACAUGUUCGGAAUCAGUUCCCGCUGCAUUAUUCAGGCUGUCAAGGAAUUUAUACAGUGAAAUGCGUUUGAUAUCCACAGUAAUCAAUGCCUAUGACAGUCUGUCUCAACCAGUAGUAUUGCCCAGAGUAUCAAUAUACCGUAUCUGGUCCUUUACGCGUUGCUUUAAAUCAGAUACGAUUGUUUCGUGAAAUACUAUAAAGGCGUUUGAGGAUGAUACAUGAAGUGAUGAAAUACAUCAACAGAACUGUAAUUGAUUUGUUUAUGCAUUCAGAGUUUACAGUAAAUAAAAUUUCACCCCAUGUGAUCCU